GAGAUAAGGCAAGUAAAUGAAGGGAACCACCACGUACCAGGAUUGGUUGAAGCACGAGUGACAAGCAUAGAGGAGGUUUGGGAUGUGUUGAAAACAGGAAGUAAUGCAAGGGCUGUAGGGAAAACGACGGCUAAUGAGCACAGCAGCCGAUCUCACUGCAUACACUGCGUCAUGGUAAAAGGGGAGAAUUUGUUGACUGGAGAAUGCACAAAAAGCAAACUAUGGUUAGUUGAUUUAGCAGGAAGCGAACGGGUUGCAAAGACAGAAGUGCAAGGAGAACGGCUCAAGGAGACUCAAAGCAUCAACAAAUCAUUAUCUGCUCUUGGUGAUGUCAUAUAUGCUCUUGCCAAUAAAAGCUCUCACAUUCCUUUCAGAAAUUCAAAGCUCACCCACUUACUUCAGGAUUCUCUAGGAGGAGAUUCGAAGACCCUCAUGUUUGUACAAAUCAGUCCUAACGAGAAAGACAACAGCGAAACGCUAUGCUCACUGAAUUUUGCUAGUAGAGUUAGAGGGAUAGAGCUGGGGCCUGCAAAGAAGCAGCUAGACAAUACUGAACUCUUGAAAUACAAGCAAAUGGUUGAGAAAUGGAAGCAAGAUAUGAAAGUAAAAGACGAACAGAUGAGGAAAAUGGAGGAAACGAUGUUCGGUUUAGAAGCGAAGGUCAAGGAACGAGACAUUAAGAACAAAACUCUUCAAGAAAAGGUUAAAGAACUUGAAUUGCAACUGCUAGUAGAGAGGAAGCUGGCUCGUCAACAUGUAGACACCAAGAUUGCUGAGUAUCAGACGAAACAACAGAACGGAGAUGAAAACAUCCCAUCAAAGAGGCCACCACUUGCAACCAUACCGUUGGGAAGCAACAAGAGCUCAAAUGAAACCUCAACUUCGAAAGAAAUGGUGAAUCUAAACCGACCGCCACUCUCAGAGAGCACCACCACCAGCAAUGAUCUACCGCCUUUACCUAACGGUUGCGUCAAGUACAACGACCUCAUGGAGAAGGAGAACAACAAUCCAGAAAUGGCUGAGCGGUUGCAAAUAUCCAAGAGUACAGGGAGAUUCUCCGUUUGUCCAAAGCGUAUUCUACCACCUCCAGCUCCAAGAAGGAGCACUCUUGCCCCUAUGCCAUACUUUCCAAUCACAUCAACUUCGCCAUCAAGGCCUCAUGAAAAGAGCGGCACUAGCCAGGUGCUACGCAUCAGCCCCAAGUUGCGUAAAAGCAACGGGAAGAUGCUGAGCAGCAUACUGAGACGGAGCAUGCAAAAGAGAAUGCAUAUGAAACCUUACCAGAGACAGCAGCCGUUGAGAAGAGUUGGCAUUAAUGUAGGAAUGGAGAAAGUUAGGUUGUCUAUAGGAAGCAGAGGAAGGUUAGCUCACAGAGUUUUGCUAACCAAUGCUCGCAAGGCAGGUCUAAAGGAAACACCACUGAAACAGAUACAGAAGGAGAAAGAGAGAUGGAUCUGACCUUAGGACAUAACUUCUCAUCCAGUUAGAAUUAUUCGAGGAUGAUUGACACUUUAUCAUCCUCAUGUGUUGUUUGUGGAUUUGAUUUGAUCCUACUGUAUAGAUGUAUUUGAUUGGCCCUUGUGAGUACAUUGUAAAUGAUUUUAUUGGGAGUCUAGUUGGUUUUCAUUAAGACACAGACUCUAUUUUGGUCAGUUCUGUUGGAAAUCUUUUCAGGAACAGAGACUAUGUUAUUGCAUGCCAGAUUAGGCGAGAAGAAACAGAGCAUUGAAGUCUAAUAUGUACGACGACUACAAGCUUUGUUUUGGGGGCAAGCAAGCAAGU